GUGGCCGCUUGGGUUUACCACCAGAUGUCACUGCUGAGCUAUUAAACGAAUCUGUCUGGCCCAGUGUGUGAAGGAAAUCCAUCCAUCCAUCCAUUAGGAAAACCUUUAAAAAAGGACACCGAGUCCAUAAAGAUGGCGGCGUUUUGUUUAAUGCCGCUGCUUCAGGAAGGUCCGACCAAUGAGCCACACUGGAGGAUCCUCGCGUGAGGUAGGUGACGGCUCAGGACCCAUAACGGGUUAAACUGCUCUCGUUUGCCCGCCGGCAUAACCUUUAAGCCGUCGAAGAGCGGGAUACCAGUCAUUCAGAGGGGAUCGGGUAGCACAGAAAAUGUAUCUGCUGUUCCGCUGCUUCAGUCUUUAUUUGUACGCGCUGUUGACGACGCCUUCGGUCGACGAGCCCUUCAUAGCGCAGACCUCCAUUGUGCAGGACCUUUUAAUUUCGUCGGGGGUCCUGGCCUCGCUGGUUGUCGUGCCCACUGGCAUUCUUUGCAUCAAUAUUUUGAGGAGGGCGGCAAAUCAAUACACAGGCGUCGUCUUACGCCUCAACCAUGUGAGCUCCAAGAAAAGCCGCAUGAAACUGGCAUUGGAGGCUAAAGAGGAGGCGCUCAAAGAAAAAAUGGCAGAGGUCCUGUACUUUAAGGAGAAGCUGGAACGGACUAAGCAAGAAAAAAUGGCACUUGUGGCAAGUCUGGAGUCCUCGCGCACCUACAUUAAAGAGAUGAACCGGAGUUCCGAAAAACAAGUGGACGUCUAUGGAGGAGGCGACGGCAAGGGCGUACACAAGGACACGUCACAUGUUGUAAGCGGGAAGACGAAAGCCCUGACUGAAGUCUCAAAGACUGGAUUUAAAGAGCGUGAAAGCCCAAUCGAGCCUCCCCCCGAAAAGGUGGAGGGGGUCAUGUUGUCCAGUGGGAGUUUCCUGAAUCGACUGAAGCGGCGCCUGAGUGGCGUCCAGGAGAAGAGCAAAAAGUCUCCCCUCCAUAAGCAGGACGAGCAGAUUAACCUGAAAAACAAGUCAAUCAAGAUGAUCGCUUAUAACGCGGAGACAAAGACAAGCAUGUCCGCAAACAGCAGCUUUUUCAAGAGCCUACUGAGCUGUCUGAGUGGCAACUACACCACAGACUCAAAGAAUGUCUACAAAGGGAAGGCGCCGCUCAAGAGACGGAAGACAAAAGUUGUUCUCCGAAACAAGUCCCACACCAUCCUGCACACUCCCUCUCCCAUAAAAGUGGAGGCGAAGAGCCCUCUGCCCAUGGAGGGCCACCGCCCAGAAUCUGCCAAUUCAUCCAGCAGCAAGGAGCUCUCCUAUCCCAUCCACGCAGAUGAUGGGGGAUGCCUCCUCACCGACGGUCAGCAACAAGAAGAAAUGGAGUCUUCACUUUUCACCUCUGUAGAGAGGUGUGAGCCUCUGGUCGCCGCGUAAUGGCAGUCGAGUAACUCCAGCGAAGGCCUCUAAACUCCCAUCUUUUCCAUGCAGUUCCAACAGUCACUUCAGCCCAGCUUCUAAAGAACAGCUUACUCUCAUCCUUGUCGCUUUAGUCGCCAGUGCUCAGGUGCCUUUUUUAAUAUUUCAGUUUAACAUUCUCGGAUAGUUUAGCCAGCUGGACAAAGUGGACAGUAAAGGAGAAGAUGACUGGACGUGUUCUGUACAAGUCACACUGUCCGAUACUGAAAAGCCACCACCGAAUUCCAAAAUUCAAGCAAGUAUUAAAGAAGGCCAUCACAGAUGAUGAAAGACACGGGAAGGCAAGAGGUAUGUCAUUUUUAUUCAAUAUACUGUUCAUAAUGCAUCCAUCUAUAUUUCUGCAAGUCACUUAGGAAAGGACUAUUUUUAAGGAAAAAAAAAAAUAAAAAUACAAGCUUCAGAUAAGUGUUAUGAGGCAAUCGGCACAAAAAUGUAGAUUUCCUCUUUCAGAAUGGAUGUUAGACAACAGCAAGUGAUCCCAUCGAGAGAUUACAGUAUUAGGAAUGAGCCACUUAUAUAUAAAUAAGACUGGUUUGCCGAAAAAUGAAGGUGGGGACCAUACACUUUAGCUAUAAAGCUGUACAAAACAAAGAUACAAGAUAUAAAUGGACAUUUUCUAAAAUGAAGGGGUAUAAAUCCAUUGGAAGGAAUCGUAGAUUACCUGUGGCUUUUUGGUUCACACAUGGUGGUGUGUUCUGGAUUUUAAUAAAAACGAACAACUACAGAAAUUUUAAAUAGCAAGUCUCCGGAAUAAGCAGGCUGAUCCACUGUGGCAUACUCAGAGAGCAACAAACAGCAUUAAAUAAAGGACACAGCUGGAGGCCAUUAGACAAUAUUUAAUCUAUCCUGCACUGCUUUUUCAGCAGCAACAGUGGAAAAUGCCUAUGCUUCAAGAUGGUGAACAUUUUUAACAUCUGAAGCUUACUCCAGAACACUAGUCUCUGUCUGGGUACAUUAUUAAUCUUUCAAGUGUAUUAGACACCAUUUCAACAAAUAUCAUUAACAAAAGAAUGGCAGACGUUAGACAAAUUACAACCACAUUUCAAAAUAGAUAGUUUGCACCCUUUGUUGCUCUUGACGAUUAACCUCUGGUGGCUCUGAGCCGGCAAUCCUAAGGUUGCCAGCUCAAAUCCUGUAAACACCAGAAGUGAUUUCACCUCAUUGGGGCCUUAAGCUGCAAUUGCUUCAUCCUGGGUAUGAUGUUAAUCCAGGUCCUCCAACUUGCAGGAGUUGAUGGCAGGAUGGACA